UCUCAAUCCAUUGGCUUUUUUGUCUUGCAUUAACACACCAACCUAUGCAGCACCUAGUUUGAGUAUUCUGUGACAGUACUAAUGGCUGCAAAUGGUUUAGACCGUUGUCGGCUUGCACUCCUUUUUGCUAUUUUAAUGGACUUGAUUGGAUUGGCCUCUCUACUUGUUGGGAUCUUUGCAGAGCUACAGCUAAAUGGUCAGGAUUUUGGUGAUUUGUUGAUUUACACAGGAGCAAUCAUUGUUUUCUUGAGUUUAAUAGGCUGGAUCUUCUGGUACACGGGCAAUAUUGAAAUAUCAAUGGAGGAACUACAGCAAGACUACAUGAUCAAAGAUGGAACACUUGCUCGUCUGGCACGUAAAAUCUCCCGUCACAUUUCUCACCGUGAUGUUAGCCAUGGAACAAGAAGAUGGAGGAAUGAUGGACAGCGUGGAUCAGAAAAGCCAGACACACUACAGUUAUCUAAACCAAAGUUCCCAAAACAGGAUCUGUUGACAGAAGGAAUUGAACCUUGACAAAUUGCACAGAGAUUCCAGCCUGUUAAAACUACAAUGCGGAGACGUAUUAUGACUAUUGGAGAACAUUUUACGGAAGAAGAACUGGACCAAAACAGAUAUACAGAUAGAUUUUUAAAUAAUCUAUGUAAAAUGGAAGAAUGUUAUAUUUCCGUAUAUAUACUUCAAGUCUAUUAAAAGGCUGCAUUAUCUUUUCA